AUGGCUCCAUACCUGAACGACGAAGAAACCGUCCAGCAGCCAUAUGGCGACUGGAGAGAUGAGUUUUACGAGAAGGGUUACGUAGUGCUCAAGGGUGUAGUUCCCAAGGAGCGAGCGCUGAAGUACCGCAACAAAAUGAUCGACUGGCUCGGCACAUUCCCCAACGACUUCGAUGCCAACAAACCAGAGACAUGGACCAAGGAAAACUUGCCCCAAAGUUUCAAGAACGGCAUGUACCUCAACUACUGUGCUGCACACGAGAAAUAUGUCUGGGAGGCGAGGCAGGAACCUGGCGUUCUGGCCGCUUUUGAGAAACUCUGGAACACAAACGAGCUUAUUGUAUCUUAUGACACCAUCAACCUCACACUGCCAAACGCCUCGAAGAUGGGCGGCUCCAAGCCAUGGCCACACGUCGAUCAGGCACCUGAGCGACAAGGCUUGUCAUGUGUGCAGGGCAUCAUCAAUCUUUCUGAGGCUGGACCUAAAGACGGAGGCCUAGUAGUCAUGGAGGGCAGUGCUAAGCUCUUCGACAAGUUCUUCAAGCAACACCCACCGGACCGAACCAAGGGCCCAUUGGCAGCCCUUCAUUACGACUUCUACCCCUUCCAAGACUCCGAUGUGAAGUGGUAUGAGGAGCAUGGCUGCAAAUUGGUCAAGGUCUGCGCUGAGCCUGGUGACUUGAUCCUCUGGGAUUCGCGGCAGAUGCAUUAUGCCGUAUACCCCGAAACAGACAACAUCCGCACAAUCAUAUAUGCUUGUUAUACACCAGCGGCUAUGGCAUCCAAGGAAGAUUUGGAGAAGAAGAAAGAGAUAUUCGAGAAAUGGGAAGCAACAACACAUUGGCCACACAUCAACAUCCAUUCACAAGGCAAAGCCAUGGUGGAUGUCUGCGACGCCUACCCGAGGCAGUCGGGCAAUACAAAUUGUCCACGACGCCAUGUAAUUGACCCUCAUCAACGCCUUCUCAUCAUGGCUGCUCACGACCCCAAGUCCGAGGCCAGCGCUCACAUUGAAAUUCUUGAUGCGCACAAGAAGGCUGCAAAACCCGUCGUGGGUACCAUCAGACUGUUCGAUGACGACGGCAUCGUUCUCAUCCCGACUCCGACCAGAGAUCCCAAUGAUCCUCUAAACCUUCCGACAUGGCAAAAGUAUCUCAUCCUUGUCAUCGUCGGCCUCUUCGCAGCGUCCGCCAACCUCAUGGCAAGCGGAAUCAGUGCCAUUCUGCCCAUAGUCAAAGCGUCGUAUAAUGGAGAUCCAAAGACAAGCGACCUCGCAACUUGGCCGGCAUUCUUCAUGGGCGUCGGAAACCUGAUUGCGAUUCCCGUUGCUCAUGCUGUCGGGCGAAGGCCAAUCUACCUCCUGUCGACAAUCGUCUUGUCUUUCGGCUGCCUCUGGUGCGCAUGCAGCGGCAGCUUGGCCUCGCAUAUCGCCGGGAGAGACAUCAUGUCCAUCGCUGCCGGCCAAGCUGAAGCCCUCUGUCCCAUUAUUGUGCAAGAGAUUUUCUACUUGCACGAGAGAGGAAACGUGAUUGCGUGGUUUUGCGCACUCCAGACGCUUGGCACGGCAGCGCUUAUUGUCUCAAGCUCGUACCUCGCAAAUGAUCUCGGCUGGAGGUGGUGGUAUGGUGUCUUUGGUUGCCUGAGUGGAGCUAUUGCUGUUCUCAGUAUCCUCUUUGUAGUCGAAACAAAGUACGAGCGCACACUAGAAGCACUGACUGGCCAAGGUAUCGACGAGGACGGAACGCUGGUUCCGGUAACGACAAACACAAAGCGUAAACUCGAUACCAUCAAUUACGCUCCGCGUAGUUUUGUUCGAGACAUGCUACCCUGGAAUGGUCAUGCACGAUGGUCAGAAGCAAUCACCUGCUGGAAGCACAUGAUCCAGAUCAUUUGGUUUCCCAACAUUCUUUGGCUGACCUUGAUCAACUCUGUGGCUCUCGGCAUCUAUGUGCUCAUGUCAGCACUGUUUGCCGGCGUCCUGGUACAACCCCCAUAUCUCUGGAACUUUGAUAUGCUUGGCUACGUAUUCGCUGGACAAAUCGCUACUGCGGUCGCCGUUCCAUUCUUCUGUGGAUACUUGAGCGAUUUGGUAGUCAAAAUUUUGAGCAAAAGGCAUGACGGCGUCAGUCAACCUGAGUAUCGGUACAUUGCUCUCAUCAUCCCACUAGUAUCCACACUCAUAUCGACAAUCAUCUUUGGAAUGACUGCGCAGCACCCUAAGGAUUGGAGCUGGGCAGGCAUCGCUGUUACGCUCAACUUUGAGUACUUUGGCUUCGUUGGAAUUGUCGUAUCCAGUUUUGUCUACUGCAUGGAUGCUUAUCCUCAGCGCAUCGAUGCUGCUCUCGUUCUCAUCUGCUCUCUGAGAGGUUUCAUCGGCUUCGGAAUCUCAUUUGGUACAGUCAGCUUUGUGGAGAAGGCCGGGUAUGAAGGCGCAUUCAACAUCUGCGCAGGUAUCGUAGCAGCCUCGAUGGGUCUUGGUAUUCCUGUGUACUACUUUGGUCCAAAGAUUCGUGCAAUCACCCAAAGGUUUGCUCAGGAUGAUUGA